UCAAGUCUUAGCCCAAAUCCCAUGCAUGACCUUUCUGAAGUUGCAGCGUGAUGCUACCUUCCUCCCAUUGGGAGGAACCAGCGGGAUCAUCCAGGGCUGGAGAAGGGGGUGACCUUUCCAACAGACUGGCAGAACUGCGAAAUCAGCUGCAGAACUCUGCUCUAUAUCGUCCCAGCAAACGGCAGUCUCGAGAUGAGCGCCAUGAGCGGCGUGAGCGCCAUGAACGCGAGCGGCGGAGACCAGACCGGCACCAUUCGUUCGAUGCGUUCGGAGACCGACACCGCAGAGAGUUUGGUCGUGGCCACAGCGCAGGGGGGGUUCCUCCCCGGGCUCAUGGUCGCAGACACCGGUCACGGAGGUCAGAGUCAGAAUGGCAUAGGGAGGGAAGGCAUUCUAGACGAAGAAAGCCGGCCUUUACCUUGCAAGAGAUUUCGGACAUGGCGAGGGCUGGGGAGACUGGCUCCAGCCGCUCCAGCCGCAGGGACGCAUGGCGAUGGGAAUCCUCUUGGCAGAACAAGGACAACAACUUGCCUGCACUAGAGCGCCGUGCUCGCUGGAGCCGGUCGCAAAGGCAUCUUCCGUCAAGAAGCCGCAGUCAACGACGCUACCAGAAGCAGGAUGAUGAGGAAACGGAGGAUGAUAGGAGAGGAUAUGGCUACGGCUAUGGAAGGGGCCAGGAGCCAGCAGAAGCUCAAGCACCUGAGUCUCAAGUUGAGGGCAAUCAAGAGCAAGAUCAGCUUGAUGAACAGCUUGAUGAACAGCUUGAUGAACAACUUGAUGAAGAAUUGGAAGAGCUUGAUGACUUCUUGGAGGAAGAGCUGGAAGAGGAGGAGUUGGAGCUUGAUGAGUUGGAAGACGAAUUGGCAGAAGACUUGUCUGAUGGUGGACAGCACAAGGAAGAGCGGAGGCUUCUGCAGGAACGAUUGAAACAGGCGCAGCAAGAACUGGAGAAUUUCAGGCAAGAGCAGGGUGAGGAGGUUCUUGGAUCAGGACGAUCUAUGUCUCCAAGAACACCUGCCAUGGAAGAAAUCCCGGACUUCAGCGUGGAUGAAGAUGACGAGGUAGAUGCAGAUGGCGAAGAUGCUGAGGAUGGAGAAGGUGGGCCUGUUGACGAAGUCGGCGAUGAAGUUGCCCAUGUGGAUCCCUACGAGCUUGCUGAUUCCGAUGAUGGAGAAUUAUUCGCCGCCUUAGAAAAAGCUGCCCAGGAAUCAGGCGAUGCUCAAGAAAGUCUGGAAGUCGAAGCCGCGGGCUCGCAAGAGUCUCCCGAGGCAGUUGAGGCAGAACCCACCCCAGAGCGAGCCACUCCAGACCUAGGCCUUUUGCGUGAAAAGUUGGCGGAGGUCAAGCCAAAGAUCCUUGCAGCUUUAACUCCGAAGACAGACUCGCACCCGAAGCCUGAAGUGCCACAGCCGAAGGCCUCAAUGGCACCAUCUUCUGUAUCCAGUGCAGCGCCGCGGUCGUUGCCGGCUACACCUGCGCCAAAGGAAGCUGCGAGGUCACGCACUUUAGUGGUACAAAACCAGACCACGAAGAUUUCAAAGCCUACAAAGCCUCCGGCUACAGCCGAACCGCGAAAUGGUGGAAACGGUGCUGCUCCAAGUGCCAGCAAAGCCAAAAAGCCAAGGGUUGUGAAUGAUUCAGCCUUGGUGGCUGGUUGGCAUGCGCUCCUCCAGCGCACGCGACGCCACCCAGACUUCCCUGCGGAGUACACUUCUUGCUUCAACAACGAAGGCAAGAACUGGCUUAAAGCCAACAGAGCGAAGGGCCGCUUUGUACUUGGGAUCGACUGUGAGAUGGUGUAUGCCAAGGAUGACAAGGAUGCGCUUGCACGAGUUUCAGUUGUCAGCUGCUCCGGUGUCAUCUACGAUGCGCAUGUCCAGAAAAGGGCAGAGGAGGUCCUAGACUACCGAACGAGAAUAUCCGGGGUUGAGUCACAUCAUUUGCUUGCUGAGAACGGAGCGUUGCCGUUUGACCAAGUCCAGCGGGAGGUUUUGGAUUUGAUCUCCGUGGAGACUAUUUUGGUUGGACACUCGCUCCACAAGGACUUGCGGGCCUUGAAGAUCCAGCACGCAAAAAUUGUGGACACCGCGUUGAUCUUUGGAGUUGAAGGAGGCAACCAUCGGAGAAGACACAAGCUAAAUAGCCUGGUCACUCUGAUGAGACGGCAGGUUCCUACAUUGCAGCCAGUUCGUCCGGGUGCACAUGACCCGCGUCAGGAUGCAAAAUGGGCGCUGGAGCUAGCCCUCUAUGAGGCUUCAAUUCAUCCUGCCACGACCAAGCCUCUCAAGUUGCUUUCUUUCCCAAAGACGAUUUUCCUGAGUGAGAUCCCGAAAGGGACAGCAGCCAAGGAACUUGGAGCCUUCUUCGCGCAUGGCACUUGUGCAGAGGUGAGCUUUCACCUGCAGUCUGAGCUUGGAAGUUGGUUGGGAACAGCUACAGUCACCUUUGGCUCCCAGGCAGAGCGGGAUAAAGCUUUCAACGACCUGCCCCGCUUUGUUCGCGUUUAUGUGGGCCCACUUCGUGAUUGGGCUGGCAGGACAGACUUGGCCAAGAUGCAGGCUCAGCUAAAAGAGCAUUUCCUGAAAUUUGGCAGAGUCCGGAGUUGUCGAGUAAUGUGUCCCAGGGCCUUCCCGGGCCAGUCAGCGCUUCCCUUUUGCUUGCUGGAGUGUCAUCCAACUGCAGCCCGUGUGGUCCUGACCAAUCGGCAGGCUCAAUCCUUUCCUGGUCAUCGGACACUCUUCAAAGUCAGUUUGGCAGAAGCAGAGGCCAAUGAGACGCGGUGUGCUGUGCCCCUCUCCAAAAACGGCUCCUUUUUGGCCCGCCUUGGAUAAGAGCCCUGUGCAGCGCGAACCACCAGUCCAAUGUAUAUUAAGGGAUCGUUUGGAUCGUUUGAUGGUUUCACACAAGCAGUGGCAACAGCGUUUAGUCACGAGAGUCAACUCGCGCAGCCGCGCAGCACACAAAAAAGA